AUGGAAAGAUCGGAGUCUCCAUCGCCAUCAAGUCAUGUCACCGGCGGAGAAGCGAUAACGAAGGAGGGAAGAGAGGAGAGUAUUACACUUAAAUACCCACUACUAACGAGCAGCAACUACCCGACGUGGUCCAUAAAAAUGAAGGUCUACAUGCAGGCUCAGGGCGUGUGGGACGCCGUCGAGGCCGAGGGUAGAGUCAACAACCGACGCGACAAGAUGGCACUUGCGGUUAUCUACCAGGGGGUGAACGAUGAGAUCCUUCUUUUCCUCGCCGAGAAGACGACGGUCAAAGAUGCGUGGGCUGCAUUGAAGUCCAUGUACGUGGGGGCCGAUCGUGUGACGAGGGAAAAAUUGCAAACCCUCAAGACAGAGUUCGAGGCUCUCCGUAUGCGAGAAGGAGAGUCCGUCGAUGAGUUCGUUGUGCAGCUGAACACGAUGGUGAGCAAAAUACGUGCCAUAGGGGAGAAGAUGGAUGAUAUUGCUGUGAUGGAGAAGGUGUUGCGAGCGGUGACACCAAAGUUUCUGCAAAUUGCUUCCACAUUGGAGCAGUUCGGUGACUUGAGUGAGAUGAUGACCGAGGAGGUGUUUGGCCGGCUCAAGGCACAUGAAGAGCGGCUGCCGAAUGGGAGGCCAAGACGAAGAAGAAAGGAGGUAAGGGCUUUGGCAGUGGCUAGAACGAGCGAGCAUGGAGGAGGUGGUCGUCGGCGCAGCGGUGGUCGUGGUCGCUACCAUGGCCGGGGAUGUGGGAACGGCGUUGAGGAACACUCAAACGACUCUGGAAAGAAGUAUCACAAGUUCGACAAGGUAAAGAUCCACUGCUACAACUAUCAGAAUUAUGGUCAUUAUGCCUCCGAAUGCCGAAAGUCGAAGAAGGAAAAGAGAGCCCACCUUGCUAAAAAGCAACACGACGAUGAACCUGCAUUGCUCUUGACCGAGGUGUGCGAGUCUCUAUACACAGCUCAAGGAGAGGGAGAAAAGAUGAUGGUUUACGAAGAAUAUGUGAAGCCGAGGCUGAGCAGCGAAGAGGUGGUCUUCGAGACUAGCAUUUGGUACCUAGAUACCGGUACUAGCAAUCAUAUGACUGGUUGUAGGAAGAACUUCUCAGACUUGAUGAGAAGGUGUGCGGCAGAGUCAAAUUCGGCGAUGGCUCGGUCGUGGAGAUACAAGGGAGUGGAACCAUCAUGCUUCAAUGCCAGAACGGUGAGCAUAGACUUCUAA